CUCACUCUAUGGAAUUUCCAUUCCCAUUUGAUCAAGCAGAUGAGUUAUUUCCACUUCCUGCUCUUUCCCCUAUAGACCUUUCUGUUCCUCAGUCUUCAUUGAUACCUUCCAAGAACAAGACUAACAAAAAUAUCUCUGAAAAGCCCAAAGGCAGCCGUCAGCGAAAGUCUCCGAACGCUUCUGAUGAUAUCGAUGACGAGAACCCGAGCGAACACAAAAAGAAGAAGAUUAUCCACAGAGAUGUUGAACGGCAAAGAAGGCAAGAAAUGUCUACUCUUUAUGCCACUCUUCGCUCACUUCUCCCGGUGGAAUAUCUCAAGGGGAAGCGAUCUAUAUGUGAUCACAUGCAUGAAACAGUGAAAUACAUAGAACAUAUGCAAAGCAAGAUUCAGAAGCUAACAAAGAAGAGAGAUGAGCUGAAAAAGGACAUUGAGGAUGAUUCCAACAUUAGUACAAUCGAAACGUUAAACUCCUCGAAAAGGGACAGUGUUGUAGUGAAGCCAAGACAUGGAGGAUUUCAAAUUCUUUUAGACACAGCCACUCAACAUAGGCUCCCACUUUCGAACCUUAUCAAAUUUCUAAUUACUGAUCAGAGGCUACAAAUCGUCAGUUGCCACUCCACUAAGAUAAACGACAGGUUCCUUCACACCAUUGAAUCUGAAGCUCUCGUUAAUAUUGGAACCAUCGAUGUGUCGGAACUCCAACAUAAAUUGACCAACUUGGAAUAUUUUCCAUUAGAUUAA